UGUGGCGCUCAUCCAUUUGAUCUGUUCUUUGCAGUGAUUGAAGAAAAAGGGGUGAAAAUGAAGCUGACGGUGAUCGACACUCCCGGGUUUGGGGACCAGAUCAACAAUGAGAACUGUUGGGAGCCCAUAGUGAAGUACGUCAACGAGCAGUAUGAGAAAUACCUGAGGGAGGAGCUGAACAUCAACAGGAAGAGGCGGAUACCUGACAGCAGAGUCCACUGCUGCAUCUACUUCCUGCCUGCAACCGGACACAGGCUGCGCCCCAUCGACCUGGAGUUCAUGAAGAGGUUGGGGAAGAUAGUGAGCAUUGUGCCUGUCAUCGCUAAAGCAGACACACUCACCGUAGAAGAGAGACAGGAAUUUAAAGAAAGGAUAAGGAAAGACUUGACAUCCAAUGGAAUUCGUGUUUACCCCCAGAGAGAGUACGAUGAAGAUCCAGAGGAGCGCGUUCUCAACGACAGAAUCAGGGAAAGCAUUCCCUUUGCUGUUGUGGGAACUGACAAGGAGCACCAGGUGAAUGGAAACAAGGUGCUGGGCCGGAAGACGAAGUGGGGAAUCAUUGAAGUUGAAAAUGUGGCUCACUGUGAAUUUGCAAACCUGAGAGAUCUUCUUAUCAGGUCUCACCUGCAGGACCUGAAGGACGUGACCCACAACAUCCACUAUGAGACGUACCGCGUGCGACGACUCAAGGAGAGCAACAUGAACUUCAGUGAGCUGGUUCUGUCCAGCUGGCCCCUGGAGAACGGGACCGACACAUGUGAGACGGAGAGUCAGCUCUGAUCCGUCCGUCGUCCUCCCUGUCCUCCUGAGCGCUCACAAGGCGUGAGGCUCUGCCCUCACGUCACGGUGAAACAUGGGAGAAGUCUUUUCUUCCUUUUUUUUUUUUUU